AUGACAAUCACAUACCCCUCCGUCAUCUCCGUGCCGGGCUCGGCGCAGCGCAACAUCGGCACCGUCAUCGAGUGUCUCGAGCCGCUCGUCAACGGCCCCGUGCCGGCGAAAUACGUGCUCGAGCUCGCAUCGUUCCCGUACCAGCAUAUACGGGGGUACGCGGCGCAGUGGCCGCACGUGCAUUUCUCGGGCACGGUGCGGGACGCGGACGAGCUGGAGAAGACGCCGAUGGAGGGCAUUCCUGGCAACAUUGCGCCGCCAGAGAAGCUCGAUAUCGCGAUUCAGGAGGACUGGGACGCGCUGUUCAAGACUGUGAACGAGCCUUUUGAUGGUGUGAUCAUGGUCAACCUCGUCCACUGCACGCCCGAAGGCCUCCCCGAACACGUCUUCCGCAACCUCUCGCCGCUGACGCCCGAGGGCCGACGCGUGCUCGCCCCCGGCGCAUGGAUAGGCGUGUACGGCGCCUACCUGAACGACGACGGUAGCUUCCGGUCCGACGGGGACGCCAAGUUUGACGCCGAGUACAUCAAGGGCGUGCACCCGUCGCUGGGCUUGCGGACACCCAAGUCGCUGCGUGCAAUGGCGGAGAAGUGGGGAUGGCGCGAGGAGAGUCAGAGUGUUGUGGCAAAAGGCAACCUGUUUAUUGUGUUCAGGGCGACCAUCCCGAACUGA